CCCGCCCCACGUGGUUGGAGGUUUCCAGAAGCGUAGCCACGGCCGUGCGCGCAGCUCCGGGCCUGUUGGGUGUCUGCUCUCUGCCUCGCACCCCUUCUGUCCAGCCGCCAUGAUCAGCGCCAGCAGGGCCGCGGCCGCUCGUCUCGUGGGCACCGCAGCCUCCCGGAGCCCGGCGGCCGCCCGUCACCAGGAUGGCUGGAAUGGCCUUAGUCAUGAAGCUUUUAGAUUUGUUUCAAGAAGGGAUUAUGCAUCAGAAGCUAUCAAGGGUGCAGUUGUUGGUAUUGAUUUGGGUACCACUAACUCCUGUGUGGCAGUUAUGGAGGGCAAACAGGCAAAGGUUCUGGAGAAUGCUGAAGGUGCCAGAACUACCCCUUCGGUAGUUGCCUUUACAGCAGAUGGAGAACGACUUGUUGGUAUGCCAGCAAAGCGACAGGCUGUCACCAACCCAAACAAUACAUUCUAUGCUACUAAGCGUCUUAUUGGACGUCGGUAUGAUGACCCCGAAGUGCAGAAAGACACUAAGAAUGUUCCCUUUAAAAUUGUCCGUGCUUCCAAUGGUGACGCGUGGGUUGAGGCUCAUGGAAAACUCUAUUCUCCAAGUCAGAUUGGAGCAUUUGUAUUGAUGAAGAUGAAAGAGACUGCAGAAAAUUACUUGGGUCACACAGCAAAAAAUGCUGUGAUCACAGUCCCUGCUUAUUUCAAUGACUCACAGCGACAGGCCACUAAGGAUGCUGGCCAGAUAGCUGGGCUAAAUGUACUUCGAGUGAUUAAUGAACCUACAGCUGCUGCUCUGGCCUAUGGUCUCGACAAAUCUGAAGAUAAGGUCAUUGCUGUGUAUGAUUUAGGUGGUGGAACCUUUGAUAUUUCUAUCCUGGAAAUUCAGAAAGGAGUGUUUGAGGUGAAAUCCACCAAUGGGGAUACUUUCUUAGGAGGUGAAGACUUUGACCAAGCUUUGUUACGGCACAUUGUCAAGGAGUUCAAGAGGGAGACAGGGGUUGAUUUGACCAAAGACAACAUGGCACUUCAGAGGGUUCGGGAAGCUGCUGAGAAGGCCAAGUGUGAGCUCUCCUCAUCUGUGCAGACUGACAUCAACUUGCCUUAUCUUACAAUGGAUGCUUCUGGACCCAAGCAUUUAAAUAUGAAGCUUACUCGAGCUCAGUUUGAAGGCAUUGUCACAGAUCUAAUCAAGAGAACUAUUGCGCCAUGCCAGAAAGCUAUGCAGGAUGCAGAAGUCGGCAAGAGUGACAUAGGAGAAGUGAUUCUGGUUGGUGGCAUGACGAGGAUGCCCAAGGUUCAGCAGACUGUUCAAGAUCUUUUUGGCAGAGCCCCAAGUAAAGCAGUUAAUCCUGAUGAGGCUGUAGCCAUUGGAGCUGCCAUUCAGGGAGGUGUGUUGGCCGGUGAUGUCACAGAUGUGCUGCUUCUGGAUGUCACUCCUCUCUCUCUGGGUAUCGAGACUCUGGGAGGUGUCUUCACCAAACUUAUUAAUAGGAACACCACUAUUCCAACCAAAAAGAGCCAGGUGUUUUCUACUGCUGCUGAUGGACAAACUCAAGUAGAGAUUAAAGUGUGUCAGGGAGAGCGAGAGAUGGCUGGAGACAACAAACUUUUAGGACAGUUUACUUUGAUUGGAAUUCCCCCAGCCCCUCGAGGAGUUCCUCAGAUUGAAGUUACAUUUGAUAUUGAUGCCAAUGGGAUUGUGCAUGUUUCUGCCAAAGAUAAAGGAACAGGACGAGAGCAACAGAUUGUAAUCCAGUCUUCUGGUGGAUUAAGCAAAGAUGAUAUUGAAAAUAUGGUCAAGAAUGCUGAGAAAUACGCUGAGGAAGACAGGAGAAAGAAGGAACGAGUUGAAGCAGUUAAUAUGGCUGAAGGAAUUAUUCAUGACACAGAAGCCAAAAUGGAAGAAUUCAAGGAUCAGUUGCCUGCUGAUGAGUGCAACAAGCUAAAAGAAGAGAUUUCCAAAAUGAGAGAACUCCUUGCUCGAAAGGACAGUGAAACAGGAGCAAACAUUAAGCAGGCGGCAUCUUCCCUUCAGCAGGCAUCAUUGAAACUCUUUGAAAUGGCAUAUAAAAAGAUGGCAUCCGAACGGGAAGGUUCUGGAAGUUCUGGCACUGGGGAACAGAAAGAAGAUCAGAAGGAGGAGAAACAGUAACGGUGGCAGUGCAUUGUGGAGCCAGAAGGACAACAUGCUAUGAAGCUUGGGAGUGAAGGAACUUCCUGAGCAGAAAAGGGGCAAACUUCAGUCUUUUACUGUGUUUUUGCAGUAUUCUAUAUAUAAUUUCCUUAAUAUAUAAAUUUAGUGACAAUUAGCUAACUCAUUUAAUGGGUGAUAAAUUCAGCAGUAGCAGGUUCAGACUGUUCUGUCACUAGCCUGUUAUUUUCAGCUGCAUGUAAAGGGGUGGGAUGGGACUCUAUACCAAUCAUUUUAAGGUAUAUCUGGUUUGUACUGAAGUGGCCAUGUUUUCAAGGUGGGAAGCCUAUUUCACACAUAGUGGAGGUAGACCUUGAUUUGAGAUCCUUGUUGGCUAAGGGCACUGCUAUAAAGAAUGCCUUUUGUGUACAUUUGGUCCUUCAACUGAGGCCUUUCAAAACAAGCUAUCUGUGCCAUGGUCUGUAGGUACAGAAGCUAGACCAUACUUUUCUAGCUACCCUCUUGGUUGGCUGUUGUUUGGCACCUAUAUCCUUGAUGAUUGUUCUUUAUCCAUCCAUUCUGGAUUUCUUUUUUAAAAAAAUAAAAUUCUGAAAGUAUCUUGA